AUGUUCAAUCCUUACAACAUUAAUCAAAGAAACAUCAAAGCCUUAAGCAAGAUUGAUGCCCUAAAAGAAAUUGAACAAAGACUAAGCACCUUAGUCAUCCCUGAGACUCCUCAGAAGGAGACUCAGAACCAAUCCCAAGUUUCAGAUAAUACCAAAACCAUUGGAGUCAUAAAUCACAAAGACUCUGAUGAAGAAUCAAAUACCAUAAAUUCCAUAGAUGAACAAAACUUUCAAAGGUCUUACUCAAGACCAACAUUCCCAGACCUUCAAAUGGAGAAACGAGGAAUUUAUUCCCAGGCCUCCUACCAAAGUGGUGUCAUCUUUGAAUGGAACAUAGAUGGCAUGUCUGAAUACAAUAUCAUUAACAAACUUCAAGAAAUGACCAUGGUAGCAAAUGCCUACCGGAUCAAAGAGACCUCUGACCAGGCCAUUGCUGACCUCCUGGCUUCAGGAUUCACCGGCCAACUCAAAGGAUGGUGGGACUAUGUCCUAACCACUAACCAAAAAACUGAGAUUUUGACUACCGUCCAAACCACUAAAGACAGAGUUAUUAUCCUUGAAGAUGGCAGGGUUGUUGAAGAUGCCGUCAACACCCUCAUAUACAACAUAACCAAAUACUUUCUAGGAGACCCUUCUAGAUUAAAAGAUAGGUCCUCUGAACAAUUAAGAAACUUAAGGUGCAGAAAAUUACACAACUUUAAGUGGUAUAAAGACAUUUUUAUGACAAAAGUAUUAACCAGAGAGGAUGCAAACUCCCCUUUUUGGAAAGAAAAAUUUAUAACCGGAUUACCAAGUGUCUUCUCUGAGAAGAUCAAACAAAGACUUAGAAAAGAAAACAAUGGUGAGAUUCCAUAUGGAAACCUCACUUAUGGAGACCUUAUCAACACCAUACAUGCAGAGGGCAUAGCCCUUUGCACAGACUUAAAACUGGCAAAACAAAUGAAAAAAGAAACGAAGUCUUACAAAGAACUAGGUGGAUUCUGUGAACAAUACGGAUUCCCAGUUCCAAAACCCCCUUCAAACAAGAAUGAUAAAAAACAUUCUAAGUUUAAAAACAAGAGACAUUCUAGGGAAAAAUAUUCAAAAGAACCAACAAAAGAGUUCUACACAAAACCCAGGUAUUCAAAAAAGAAAAGGUUUCAAGUAAAGAAACCUCAAGAAGAAACCAGGGAUAAACCUUCAACAAGUCAAGAUAAAAGAAAGUGUUUUAACUAUGGCAAACUAGGCCACAUUGCAAAGUACUGCAAGGCAGCAAAAAAGGUGAGCCCGCUACACCUGGACCAAGAAACUCAUAACAAAAUAUUCAAACUAUUCGCCGAGUCUGACUCAGACUCAGAAGAUGAAAUCUUCUAUGAAGUCAAUCAAGUUAACCAAGACAUUGAGUCCAGCAGUGCCUCUGAACCAGAUGCAGUUGCAUGCAACUGUGCCACAAAUGCCAUAAAUAAGUACUCUUCCUCUGAAGAAUAUUCAGAAACCAAAAGCAUCAGGAUGAUUAAGCAAUCAUUCUUUGAUGCAAUUGAACAAAUAGCUGACGUUCAAGUCAGAAAACAUUGCCUUGAAGAAGCCAGACAGGCUUUAGAAGAAAACAGAGAAAGAUAA